AACAAUUCUGAAAGGUACGACGGCACCGGACAGAAAAGUUUGCGUUGCAUGCGCGCAUGCUAUAAUAGAGCAAAAUAACAACAAAUGUAUCGUAUUUUACCUCCAUUUAUAGCCUCAAAUUAGUAAAUUAUCCAUCAUGAAUACUCGUGGAUCGUUGGAGGAUAUACAUGAGCCAGUCAUCCCCCUUUCCUCUCUGCGCCUGCUGGUGCCACCGCUGCGUCUGCUGUCCGCAGCUAUGUGGCAGGUGGCGAAGCAGAGAGACGUGCUGCAGUAUGAGAAGCUGCAAGAGUUUGUGGGUCUGGUGACCGAGGCUGUCCCAGGACUGAUGGGAUGCAGACACAGAUCCCAGCUUCUCCUGGCUCUGAGAGCAAGGCUGGUCUUAGAGUUAUGCCGAGAUCCCAUUGAUUCUCGAAUUAUACAAUCCCACCUAGAAAGACUCCCUACUAUUCCCUCAGGAAGCACAGGGUUCAGAGAUGCAGAAGUGGAGGCAGCUGAGUCUACUUUUGUAGCGCUUGUCCAGAGCCUGCUGAAAGACCCUUCUGAAAGAGCGUACUUCUUCCAGGAGGUAUUCCCUGUGGAAUAUGGCCCAAAAUAUGACACAGCCCUACAAACACUUCUUUGGGAGUUCCUCUCUCGAUUGGAAAGGAUGUUUCCCAUCCCAGAUAUCAAACAGACCGCAGCAUGGCUCAGCUCUGCCCCCUCAGUUCUGGAUGAGCCCUGGCAGUCCACUCCAGAAGAACUCUAUCUCAUCCACCAACAUCAUAAGAGCUCAGGAAUUGUGAAAAUACCUUAUGGCCCAUCCUCUUCUGUUGGAAACUGCAUCCUGUCCGCUCUGUCUGUUCCUCCCUCUCAACGAGUCGUCAUCACCACUCAGCCAACAGCCUUUACCAUCGGGUCUGAGUCAAUGCACAACUACGCCAACAUACUGAACUCUUAUGUAGGAGUUGACUCGAACGGAGUAGUGACUGUUUACACGGAGGUGGAAGUCGGAGCGACAGAGUUAGGUGAUGAGGUGGUUGAGUCAGUGAAUGACAUCCAGUCAAACAACUCUCAAAUGGAGCUAGUGACUAUGAAUGAAGAUGGAGGCGUCGAGGAGAUGAGUGUGGAGGCGGCGGAGAUGGAAACUGAGAUGGCCCAGGUGGAACAACUGGAAGAUGCAGUAAGCAUCUCCAAAGCUCUUGAGACCUUGACGAAGACCUUUGCAUUAAAAAAGGAUGUUGGACAAGAAGACGGGCCACCAGUUGAGAUGAACGAGUCCGAGACGGUCUCCUUACAGCCCAAGGUAACGACAGAAGUGGUGGAAAGCGGAACAGAUGAAGGAUACGGACAAGCGAGUGAGCAGACUGUGAGUGCAGUUGAAGAGGCACCCUUGGAGCAGAAACAAGAAGCUUUGACCAAUCACACUCUGGAGGCUGAGACUGUGCAAAGUGCAGCAGAACUAUCGAGUGAAUACGUAAGUGGCCAAAGUGACAGUGCUUCAGAGAAGGGAUCUAUGUGGCAGCAACAACAAGAACGUUCUUACGUGCUGUCAGAGGGUGCCGAGACGAGCAGGAGCUCUCAAUCUGACACACAGCAGAAGGAUUCGGCGAUCAGUAGUGACGCAAGGAAAGACAGCUCAGGCCUUUCCUCCACAACUCAACCGCCUGCGUUGUCAAACGUGCGACGAUCCACACGCCUUCAGACAAGGACUAUGAGGGGGGGGAGGCUGAAACGCCAGCACAAGUUAUCAGGGAAGAAGAAAGAGCACGACAAGGAGGAGAAAGUGAACAAUGCUGAGGUCUUGGUUGCUCCCUCUGUCAUAGCCAUCAGGGGAAACAAAACAGAUGAUUCUGAAGAGGUGACCUCUAUCAUCUUCAGCUGCCCUCAGUGCCCUUUCCAUAAAUCAGCAGAAAAUAGCCCACCACACAUCCAUAUCCAAGAUGUCCCUACAGAAGAAUAUUCCAAUCGCAUCGCAGCUGGAUCAAAUGGAGCCUCUUUUACACCGUCUCCCUGCAGCACUGACCAGAUAUUCACAUCAAUCAAACUGUUCCCUUCAUCCAGCUCCUUUAAAAUUGAACAACAAAAUAACUCAUCCAAUUCAGCCAGGGGUGUUCCUCUCCCAUCCGCGAAAGGAAAGCAGAAGUGCCUCACGUGCGAAACGUGCGGAAAGACCUUCACCCGCACAUCUGACGUGAGGAGACACCAGCUCACGCACACUGGGGAGAGACCUUUCCACUGCUCCCGCUGCGACCGGACCUUCCAGCACUCCUGGGACCUGGCCAAGCACGAGGGCAAGCACCAUGGGGCGCCCGCCUCCUUCCCUUGCCAGCAGUGUGGGGCCACCUUCCCCAACCUCCGCUCUCUCACCGUCCACCACAGGAAGUCUCACCAAGGGGAGAGCGAGCUUCCCCAGAUGUGCUCCAUUUGCGGCGAAAGCUUCCCCACUUCCCGCGAGCUCCAGCAGCACAAGAAGACCCACGGGCCCAGCCUCCACUACACCUGCCAGCAGUGUGGCGAGGGCUUUGACACUCUGUUGGCACGGUCCCAGCACAGACAGAUCCACCUGUCCAAGCGUCAGUUUAAGUGCUCCCUUUGUGACAAGACAUACACCCGUAGGGCCGACGUGAAGAGGCACCUGGCCAGCCACACCGGCGAGAGGCCAUAUCAGUGCAGCCAGUGCGGAAAGCGGUUCUCCCUCCGUUUCAUGCUCAAGAAACACCUCAAAGUCCACACGGGCGAGCGGCCUUUCGAGUGCUCCCACUGUUCCAAGAGGUUCACCUUGAUAUCCAUCCUGACCAGACAUGAGAGGAUGCACACGGGAGAGAGGCCCUUCCUCUGCUCUCAGUGUGGGAAGGGGUUCCUCUCCCAGGGGGAGCUUUCAAAGCACCACAGGUCCCAUGUGGAUGACAGACCGUACCCCUGCAGUCUGUGUGAGAAGCGCUUCAAGAGUAAGAGAGCUCAGCAGGAACAUAUUGUCUCCCACACAGGCGUUCGCCCGUACCCCUGUACCUUCUGUGGGAAGGGCUUCUCCAAACCGUACGCUCUGACCAGGCAUCACCUCAUACACACUGGAGAGAGACCGUUCCCUUGUUCCCACUGCGAGAAGACCUUCCUAACUCUUGGCGAGGCCCAGCUGCAUGAACGGAUUCACACGGGAGAGCGACCCUAUCCCUGCUCUGUGUGUGAAAUGAAAUUCAAGAGUUCGUCAGAGCUGGCGAGACACAAGCGAUGUCACGCAGGGGUACGACCUGCUCGGCCCAACUGUCACUUGUGUUCGAAAAGCUUUACCUCCAAGGCUAAACUGAGGAAACACAUGGAGGUUCACUCAGGGACUGAAGGAGAGGCAGACACUGAGGCCCAGGCCUCCAACAUUUGAAGUGUUGAAUAAUCCACCUGAAACAGACACAGCAGCAUGAUUGUCCAUUGUAUCUUGUCAACACCAUCUAUAGUGUGUUGUACUCUCAGUAAAAGCAGGCAUUGGUUCAUUGUUUUAUGUAACUACUUACAGGUACUUACAUCUAUUAAACAGCUAAAAUUACAGAAAUACUUUUUGAUGUAACACAUUAAAAUUUGGUUGCUACUGUUUUCAAAUGCAUUUCUUAUUGUUUAGUGAUGUACUUGAUUCAUACAUGUCAAA